UUCUAUAGAUGGAGGACCUCCAAAAGAAGUUUCCUAAAAUAAGAUUUAAGAAGAACAUCCAAUUUUCUAAGGCAGUAAAGAUUCUGAAUCCUUCAGUACCUAUUUUCCAGAGCAAUAGUAAUGAGAUUCGGAAGAUGAAGGUUGAAAUCGAGCACUUGACUAAAUUCCUUCAGAAAUAGGUUGAUCCAUAUGAUGAACAAGAGGAAGGGUGCCAAGGCUGUGCACUGUUACUCCUUUAAGGAAAAAGCAGCAAUCAAAAUUCAAACAAAAGUGCGGAUGUACCUUGCCAAAUUAAAAUAUAAUAACUUAAAAAUGGAGAAACAGCUGAAGGAAAUGCAAGAAAUUGAGAGAAAAGAUAAGCUUGCGAUGGAACAGUGGAUCAGGGAGUCUGAGAUUGAAGCCCUGAAGUGGAAGAUACAGAAUAGAGAACAACAGAGAAGGGAUAAACACAACCAACCUGACCUUGAGAUCAGUGAGCGUGAUCUUCUUACUGAGAGUAAUAUUUCAGAAUGACUCAUUGAUACUCAAGAGCUUUUGUCAAUGUAA